AGACAUUUGUUUGAACUAUGUAGAUAUCUUUGGCGCGAAUCAAGUCAUAAUUGCUGAGUAAAUGUUGUUUAAAUGUUAUUUCUAAAAAUUCGUGAAAAAACGAACAAACGUAAACAUGGCUGCAUCUUCAGACGUUGCUACGAUCAAAGUGCAGAGAUAUUUGAACUUACCGUUGGUCCAACGGUGCAAAGAAAUAGCAACAUUAAUAGAUGAGUCCAGUACAACAGAAUUACAACAUGUACUCCCAAUAUUGGUAGACUCACUCUUUGGAAUAAUAGAUGAUAUUGGUUGGGGAUUACACAGUAUCACUUUUAAGAAGAAUCCACAAGAAUAUAAAACACUCUGUGACUUCCUUAAUCCACAGGGACCAGUUUUCUCUUUGUGCUACAAAUUAUUACCAGAUUGUUACUUGAAAUAUAAUGUCCCAGUAUUAUAUUUACCGGUAAAAAUACGUUCUAUGCUGGAGGAAGGUGUGAUACCACCAUUUUAUCUAGAUAAAAUUAGGGAUGAUCAGGGUACACGUUCUGUAGCUUCCUUAAAUAUGAAUCCCUUUGAAUAUUACAUCUUCCACUUUGCUUAUCACUUGACAAAUCCAUGGUUGCAAGUGCAACAACAAGAGAAUGUUUGGGUAAAUUGGGAAACUGUUUAUGUCCAAUUAGCUCAUUGUUAUUUAUAUCAUUUUUUACCUACAGACAACUCACCAGUUUUGCCAAUAAUUCCUCCAUAUAUUAGAAAAACACCACAAAGAAAAUUGGUGCAGUCACCAGAAACUAAGAGGCUGCAAACUCCACGACUAUUGAGAACAUCUAUUUUAUCACCUGGUUCUCCUAAUUCCACUUCCACAGUUCCCCAACAACAAUGUCUGCCACAAGUAUGGAGAAGUGAAACUGUAGUUCAAGUUUUUCUUGAUUUUUGGCUAGAGUAUUCAGAAGAUGGUCAGUUAAAUACAAGAUUUGGCAUGACCUACUCCACGUCUGUCCCAUGCAGACAUAGUAUUCAUUCUGGAGAACACAUACGUUUGGUACGAGCAUUUAUAAAAACGUUGCAUGAAUUUGCAAAUAGUGCUACAGGUGCUAAGAGUGCAAUGGAUGAACUUAAACGAAUAAUUUUACCUUCUGUCCAAGGAAAAAUCUACACAUUCCUCCGAAAAGCUAUACAUCAUUGGCCUUUAGAUAGUUCAUUUCGAUUAAUUCUCGAGACAUGGUUAAGCUUUAUUCAACCAUGGCGGUAUUUCCCUGGAAUAUCGUAUACUAAAGAAGGUAAAUCAGAAGAAGAAGAAAGGGGAAAAAUACAUGAUGCUUACAGGUGGAUGCCUUUUGUUGCAAAUAAUCUAUUAGCUUACACAGCAAUAUUUCAGCAGUUAGUUCCACGUUUUAUGAGAACGGAUUUAGUAGCUCCAAAAAAUGCCUUAAUGCUGUUCAGAGUUACUAAAGUAUUUUCACAACCACUCUUAGCAAAAAUGAUAUGUGAAGUAGAGGGUCUAAUGGAUGAUGUUGGACUCAGUAGAAGUCGAGUAUCUACAAAUCAGUGGUCCUCUGUAGUAAGACAACAGAUAUUAGAAUUGGAGGGACCAACAUACCAGUAUGUACCAAUGUUUUCAGUGGCUACUGUCUCACAGGUGGUCUGUUUAUUAAAUACUAUUAAGCAAGCACAUCUAACAGCAACAAGUUUAAUCGACGCAUUAGAAAAGAAAAGGAAAACCAGGAAGCUUUUGUUAGCAAUAUGGGAAUUCUUCAACGGUGAAGAUUAUUCUUCAGAUGACAUUAGUAUAGAUGAACGUCGGCGAGUUCCUGUGUACCUGGCGAAUGCACAGCAACAAUUAAUCGAAAUUUUUGAGAUCAAUGUGGAGGAUAUUCCUCAAGUAGCUAUUGAAGCUGAUCAAGAAUAUCAUGAGAGUAUUCUAUCUACGUCCUUUUGUCAUCAAUCGCAGAUGGAUUCAAGUUUCGAUACUAGUAAGCCAGGCAUGUUUGUACCAAUACAGUACAACAGACAAACGUGUAAAUACAUUGAAUAUUUGGGAGAUCCCGAGUUACAGCCAGUGAGAUCCGACGAGUGUACUAUAUUAGUUAGAUUUUUGUACAAUCAAUGCGCCUAUAUAAAUAUGAAGUACCGACACAAGUUAGCUACUAUGUAUCACCAGCGAGGCUUCUUGGGUAGUAUUUGUCGACAAAUCUUGGAACCACCCACCAAAGUUAUUAAAUUACAAAAACGGACGGAAACCGGACUUUCUAGUGGUUACGAAGAACGUAUACCACCCCGAUUGAGUCUGCGAUCACUUGCUAAUUAUAAACUCCUCCUGGCACUUAGUUUAGGAAUGUUCAUCGCAUGGCUUACAAAUUACGGUGCCUUUACCUUUCUUGGAUUUAUUUUUUGUUUGUGGGUUGUAUAUAUAAUGAUACGCGCAAUGCUGGAGCCUUGGACCGCGUGGAAUUCAUCCAGGCACAACGCAUCAACAUUCUAAAUAACUUAAGAACAAGUUAAUUAUAUUUUUUAUUUAAUAAAUGACAUAUUCCACUGUACAAUAUGCCAUACAAUUCGGCAAAUCAAUUUUGUAUGCGAAUUGUAAUUUUUGAAAUGUUUAAAUAAACCCGUUUAUGGUCGAAUAA